ACAAGAUGGCGGCGGCGGCGCCCGCGGCGGCCGAGGAGGACACGGAGCUGCGGGACCUGCUGGUGCAGACGCUGGAGAGCAACGGCGUCCUGGCCCGCAUCAAGGCCGAGCUCCGCGCGGCGGUGUUCCUGGCGCUGGAGGAGCAAGAAAAAGUGGAGAACAAAACCCCUUUAGUCAACGAGAGCCUGAAAAAGUUUCUGACGACGAAAGAUGGCCGGCUGGUGGCCAGCCUCGUCGCGGAGUUUCUUCAGUUUUUCAACCUUGACUUCACCUUGGCGGUUUUUCAGCCGGAAACCAGCACGCUCCAUGGCCUUGAAGGGCGGGAGAACCUGGCCCGGGACCUGGGCAUCAUCGAGGCGGAGGGCACCGUGGGCGGCCCCCUGCUGCUGGAGGUGAUCCGGCGCUGCCAGCAGAAGGAGCGGGGCCCGAGCGGCGGGGAGGGCGCCCUGGACCUGUCCGACCCCCAUUCUCCGCCCAGGUCGCCGGAGGGAAGAGCAGGCUCCCACAGCAGCCCCAGCAAGAUACCCAGGUACACAGGACAAGGUAAGAAGACGACCAGCGGGCAGCGGCCUGGUGCCAAGAAAGCGGGCAGCGAGGCCAGUCAGAGCGACACGAGCCUCUCCUCGGAGUCCAGGAGCAGGUCCGGCCUGCACCCCAAGGCCCCGGAGACGGAGAAGGGCCCCCUCCCCAGCAUUGGGGGCCUCGGCAGUGGGGACCGGGUCUCCCUGCAGGAUGGCGGCGACACAGAGGCCGACCCCUUCUUCGACGACCCCGUCCCCAGACCCGAGGAGGCCUGCGGGUGGAGGAGUGAGCCUGGCAAGCAAGCGGGCGGCCUGGCCUCGCUCUCGGACGCCCCGCCUUUGAGAGGCGGGCUCAGCUCCCUGACAGGGACGCUCUCCCUGCACGACUCCGAGGGCAAGCGGAGGACGUCCUCGCGGGAGCCGAAGCCGGCCGCUGAGAAAGGCGUGCCCCUUGCAGCAGGCACAGCCGAGGACGAGGACUAUGCCGACGACUUCAACAGCACCAGCCACUGCUCGGAGAGGAGCCAGCCGAGCGUCGGCGAGGAGGUCGAGGAGGACCUGUCCGUGGACAUCGACGACCUCAGCACCAGCGACAAGCUGGAUGACCUGACCCAGGACCUCACCGUGUCCCAGCUCAGUGACGUCGCGGAUUACCUGGAGGACGUCGCGUAGACGCGGGCACGUGCUCCACCUGCCAGGACCAGGGCUCCGCGCUUGUUUCUGGUUUUGGGGUUUUCUUGGCGGGCCCCUGCCGGCGCCGGCCCUCUGGGUGCCUUGUGCCUCGAGACUGCAGAAGAGAUUCUUAAAACUCGGCGUCGUCCCACCGAACAGCCCUGCCGCGCGGUGUGGCCCUGCCUGUCCGGCUGCGCUUGGGGAGGCCAUGGGGCACGUGGGGGGUGGCGGCGGGGCUCUCGGCGAUCCCGCGCACGUGGCUGCGGGGCAAGGUGACACUUGCCGGCCACGGGCUCCACCGCCCAGGUCUGCACCGUGGGCGCCCCGAGGCCUCUGCCGGGCGGGGCUGGCGUCCCUCUAUGCCUUGUGGCUUCUUCCGCACGGGCUGGUCGGCGCGAGAGGCCCCAGUACCGUGCUCCUGCGUGCCGGCGCCUGCUCAUCCUGGACGCCGGGGUGGCCCACGUGUCCCGGGGCGGCUGGCCGCCCGUCUUGUCCUGAAGGGGCACCGCACGCAACGCCAGCCUGACGUGAGCGGCCUCGGGGUCGCCUGUGUGCGGGGACGCUGUGUCCACCCUGGACUGCUCUGGGGGCGUGGGGGGCGAGCCCACGCCACAUCGCCGGCCGGCCGGCUCUGCCGCUGCCAUACGAGGGUGCCUCCCGCUGCUGAGCGCCCAGAGCAGCCAGGGCACGCGUCCCGCACGGGCGAGGGAGGCUUGCUGGCGUGGACGUGUGCGCGUCCCGCUUCAACCACGUGACGGCUUUUUAUUAAAAGUCCCCUUUGUUAAUAAAAGCAAGUGGACCUGGUUCCUGGC